CUACCCAGAUAUUCCUUAUUCAACACAACUCCUAGCCAUGGAACACAAGCAGCAGCAACAGCAGCAGCAGCCAGGCACUACUGGCGCCAAGAGCUGCAGCCAGGCCGCGGAGGUGCACCUGGCCGAGGCGGUGGCGGCCGAGCCCCCGCAGCUGGACGACCAGUCGCAGCUGCAGCCGCACGGCGAGAAGCUCAAGCGCAGCCCGGCCUCGGAGGAGUACCCCGACACCGGCGUGGUGUAUGAGGACAUGAGCACGCCGCAGCUGCACACCACCACCCUGGCCGAGGCGGUGGCGGCGGACCGGCCGCAGCUGGACGACCGCACCACCACGCCGCCGCACACCACCAGCAAGGCCGGCCUGGACCACAGCGGCGCGGAGGGCGCGGCGGCGGGGGGCGGACACGGCGCGAGCUAAGGCGCAAGACCAUGCAAGGCUGAGAGGAUGCGAUGGGCAUGGAGGGGAGGGGGCUGUGAGGACUGAGGAGUGGGGGGAUGGGGCUGGGAUUCAGCAGUGUCCCGCUGAGGACCGAUGUUGUCGGGGAUGCAUGUGGCCGAGGGACUGAGGCGGCAAAGUCAUAGAUUCGCACAAGCGCACUAUCAGGGUCAGGAGGAGUUGUCAGGGUGUUGCGGGCACCAGGUGACCAGAGAGCUGCUGGGGCUGCCGCCGGAUGGGCAGGCGUGAAAUGGCUGGAAAUGGCGACAACGCGUGCUGGUGGUGCCAAAGAGCAGACGAUUGCAG